AUGUCUAGGGUGUUGGAGCCUCUAGUCGUCGGCAAGGUGAUCGGGGAAGUCAUCGACAACUUCAACCCCACGGUGAAGAUGACGGUUACCUACGGCUCCAACAAGCAGGUGUUCAACGGCCAUGAGUUCUUUCCGUCUGCGGUUCUGUCCAAGCCGCGCGUGGAGGUUCAGGGCGACGACAUGAGGUCCUUCUUCACACUGGUCAUGACUGACCCAGAUGUGCCAGGGCCUAGUGAUCCAUACCUGAGAGAGCAUCUCCAUUGGAUCGUCACCGACAUUCCUGGAACAACUGAUGCUUCUUUUGGAAGGGAGUUGGCGAUGUACGAGAGCCCCAAACCCUACAUCGGCAUCCACAGGUUCGUCUUCGUGCUGUUCAAGCAGAAGAGCCGCCAGUCGGUGCGCCCGCCCACGUCCAGGGACUACUUCAGCACCCGCCGCUUUGCCGCCGACAACGAUCUCGGCCUCCCAGUCGCCGCCGUCUACUUCAACGUGCAGCGGGAGACCGCCGCGCGCCGCCGCUGA